CAGGACGCCAAAUCUUUUUUUCCUCGUUAAUUUUUCUCGGGGUUGUAUUGUUGAGCAUUGCUAACCUACUACAUUGUUUAGCAUUGCUAAUCUACUACCCACUCCUCUCAAUAAACAACAUAUAUAUAUAUACAAAUGCAAAAGCAAGCUAAUUAAGUUCCAAAAACAAUAUAGAGAGCAGUCAGUCAUGGAUCCUGGUUUAUACAGAGCUGCAAAGGAAGGCAACAUUGUUGUCUUGGAGCAAUAUGUUGACCAACUUGAAUCCCAGGUCACCCCAAACAAGAACACUGUCCUCCACAUUGCAGCCCAAUUCGGCAAUUCACAAUGUGUCCGAGAGAUCCUAAGCAAGAAUUCGUCGCUGUUCAAUCGUCAGAAUGCAAAAGGCAACACCGCUCUCUUCAUGUUGCAGCAAGGGAGGGACACUCGGACAUAGUCAAAUCACUCAUUGAAUAUGCAACGUCACUGGAUCAUGAUCAAGUAGCGAUAGAAAGCGGCUCUGACAUCACCAAGAAGAUGUUGAGGGCAACAAAUGAUGAUGGAGACACGGCCUUACAUGACGCUGUGAGGUAUCGUCAACCUGAUCUUGUCAGAUUAAAACCGUUCAAACCACGACCAUUACCACAGCCAUUACUACGACCAAAACCCGAUCUGGUCAGGCUGUUGAUUGAAGAAGAUCCUGGGUUUACAUACCGGGCAAACAAUGCCGGUGAAAGUCCGCUUUACAUUGCUGCCGAGAGAGGGUACCUUGAAGUGGUGUCCGAUAUCUUGAAAACUUGCAGAGCACCGGCUUAUGGUGGCCCUGCUGGUAGAACAGCUUUGCACGCUGCAGUAAUUUCUAACAAUGAAGGAGGCACCAAAACAUUGUUGGAUUGGAAGAAAGAUUUGGCCAAGGAACCAGACGUGCAUAGCUGGACACCACUUCACUAUGCGGCGCGGUUCGGUCAUGUACAAAGGGCUAAACAGCUACUAGACUCGGAUAAAUCCAUUGCAUACCUUAUUGCAGACCAAGAUGAUAAUAAGACAGCUCUUCAUGUAGCAGCUAGUCAAGGACAUGUUAGUGUAAUACAAGAGCUUAUAUCACAAUGUCCUGAUUGUUGGGAGAUGGUUAAUCAUAAAGGCCAAAAUAUUCUUCACGUUGCAGUGGAGAAUGAGAAAAAGAUGGUGAUUAAAUUCAUCUUAAAAAAUUAUUCACUCAGUGGCCUUAUAAAUCAGAAAGAUGUCGAUGGGAACACCCCUCUCCACCUCAUUGCUACUGGUAGAUUACUUGCAAUCGACCUCAUAGCGCACCGAAAAACAGAUAAGGUUGUCUUUAACAAAGGAAACUGGACUCCCCUUGACAUAUCGACAUAUUCUGAAACCGCAGCUGUACAAAAGGUUCUCAUAAAAGAAGAAUUGGAAGCAGCUGGUGCUACACUAGGUUUGCGAAAUGUAAUUAGCAAAGAUAACGAGGUUUUAGCAAACGAGAAGAAAGAACGCGCUGAAUUUAAAAAGUCGAUACCCAUUGACAUCAGGAAAGCAGGAGACACCCAUUUGAUAGUGGCUACACUCAUAGCAACUGUGACUUUUGCAGCUGGUUUCACCAUGCCAGGUGGCUACAACAGCAACGAUGGCCCAAAUCAAGGCAUGGCGAUUCUAACAAGAGAAGCAGCUUUCAAAGCUUUUGUCGUAACAGAUUCCAUGGCCAUGAUAUUAUCCACUUGUGCUAUUUUGGUUUAUUUUGCUUCAGCUGAUUAUGGGGAUCAAACUAAGCUUCUGUAUCGCUAUUCUCUCGCCGCUGGUCUUCUACAGAUUGCAACAGGAGCCAUGGUAUUGGCAUUCAUUACAGGCAUAUAUGCCGUAUUACCACAUUCAUCAAGCCUUGCCAUUCCAAUUUGCAUUAUCGGUUGCUUCUCCUUCGUGAUUUACUACUGCCUAUUCAAAGAAAAUUACCACAAGCAAUUUGAAGCGAUAUCUUUUAAUAUUUGAACCCGUCUCCCGAAUGCAUUCAAGGAUCGAACAUCAAGGAAGGCAUUUUCUUGAAUGUACUUCUUUGUAGAUUAAUUUGUAGUAGUGUUGGAUUGCAUCUUUGAGUAUGAGGGAACCGCAAUUAGUAUUAAUAGUGAGGGAAAUCAAGGAUAUACUAGCUUAUGCUUACAUUGCUUUGUAAAAGUCUCUGAUUCGUAAAGUGACAAUCAUAUAUUUCUAUGUUAAGUAUUUUGAUUAGCAUAUAACUAUUUGCUAUUUUGUACUUUUUGGGUAUACAUACUAUUUUAUCAAGAGAAAUGAAGUAGAGUACAAUCACAAAAAGCAAACCCCCAUUAAUUCCUGCAAGCAGGAUGCCCCAAAUUCAAAAAUCAAAAGUGAACUCAAAAUUCUGGGGAUUAUUUGAAUAUUAGAUUAGUCCACUGCACAUUAGACAGCAGAUCAUAGGCCUCAGUGUAAGUGUAACCCUGUGUUUGGAAAUCAAAUUAAUGCCUCCAAUUUUUAUUCCUAGGUUAUUAUCUCUUCCACCCGUCACCUGUCCCAUCUCUUAGCAGCUUCCCUCUAAGGAGUAUAUUAGAUAUAUAAACUGCAUUUUGGUCCUCAAAAAGAGUUCAGGACUACAGAGAACCGACCAAAGAACCAAUCACAUAAAGCAUGGGUAGAACAAUCUAAGUAAAACUGUAUCUUUAUAAUGAAUUCCACUAUCUGAUGUUUUAUGUAAUUGAUUCUAAAAUCAUUCUUGUGUUAUAGACUAGUUGUUUUCAUAAAUUCAUAAUUUAAACACAACUUAAAAAUUCCC